AUGUGUUUAUGUGUGCAGAAGCAAGGUCCAGAUGGAGUUCAGGUCCAAUUGAAGCACCAGCUGCUGCAGGUCAUUGUGAGAGUCCUCCAGUACCGCAUGUUGCUCACAGGUAUCCGACACACACCUCAUAAUGUACUAUUACAGUAUUGUAAUACUAACUUUAAUGUGUGUACCCUAUCUUGGCUCUUGACCUUGAAUAGUGUUAUUUGGCAUUCUACACAUUAUGAAUCUGUUUAUGUUUUUGACUAAUUUGUCUGUUUGUGCCAUUAUUUUUUUUCUAGAUUACUUAAACAACCUCUCCCCUGAUUCUACAGAAUAUGAGGAUACACAAGGUAUAGUCUUUCUCUGCUUUAUAAGAAUUGCUGUAGUUUCUUCUAUACACGCCAACAGUUGUUUCUUCAGCAGUCACACACACACACACACACACACACACACACACACACACACACACACACAUACACACACGCACACACACACUGACUUAGAUACAAUAUCAUAGGUUAGUUGUUUAGGCCCAAACAUGGCAGUGUUUAAACCCUGCAUAUUCAUGGAUAUUAACCCUUUAUAUCUCUCCCUCUGUGUUCCAGCUGCCUUAGUCAUCGUUUCAGAGGUGGCAGACCAGGCUAAUGAAAAUCUCAAGCAAGGGGUAAAUCGGUGUGUCUGUAUGGGUGUUUCUGUGUUUAUUUCAGACUACUGUGUACAUGUGCUCAUACACGUGUUUGCUAGAGGUAUGCAUGUGCAGUAUGUACAAACUUGGAGUGUGAACUUGCAAGUGUGGAGACAGCUCACAUUUUCCCUGUGUAAAUCCUUCUUGGUUCCGGAUGACAACACUAUUGGGAGUGAAACCACAUCAGUGAUCUUGGAGAGGCCUGUCUCUCUGCUCUCACUGGGCUCUGUUGCCUAUUGAUUAAUGUUAGGGCGAGGAAACAUGAUGUCAUCGAAAGAAAGGACAUUACUUACAUUGUAGAGCACACACACACCCUCACACAGAUCAUCCUAAAAUACAGCAUCUAUCCCCUGUCUCUCACAGCCACACAGAUCAUCCUAAGAUACAGCAUCUAUCCCCUGUCUCUCACAGCCACACAGAUCAUCCUAAGAUACAUCAUCUAUCCCUGUCUCUCACAGCCACACAGAUCAUCCUAAGAUACAGCAUCUAUCCCCUGUCUCUCACAGCCACACAGAUCAUCCUAAGAUAUAGCAUCUAUCCCCUGUCUCUCACAGCCACACAGAUCAUCCUAAAAUAGAGCAUAUAUCCCCUGUCUCUCACAGCCACACAGAUCAUCCUAAGAUAGAGCAUAUAUCCCCUGUCUCUCACAGCCACACAGAUCAUCCUAAAAUAACUAUAAUUUAUACAGUCAUUUGGGGUAUUAUCAACAGUAAAAUACUCUGAGAUGUUUUACUGCAGCAAACUGUAAAUUAUGGUGCAUUGUGGGAAAAUGUUGUGGGCUCCUUUCGAAAUUGCUGUAUUUCGAAAGGAAAACCUUUUGACCGCUAGUGGAUGCAUGGUAUUGUUGUUUCUGGCUCAUUAAUAUAUUUGAGGAUUACCUUGUUAGAGGCUAUAUUUGUUGCACCUGUGAGUGAGAAUGCUCUACCAAUUUAACUCCUAUGUGGUUAUAAUGCCCAAUCAAUAAAACAUUUAUAGGGGACAGAUUGGAGUGGCAGAAAGUCUUAAACCUUAAAUGGUUGAGCAUUUUGCCAUGUCUGUUUUGGUCUGUAGUCGCUGACAGUUUGGAAGCCUUUGUUAAGGCCUCUAGAAGUGCCAUCAAAUAUUAAUUAAUAUGCUGUAAUGUGUAAACACUUUACCUAGCAGCCAACCUCCUUGCACCAAUCCCUUGUAAUUACAGCAAAAUACUGUGAAAUACAAAUGCCUCCCCUCAAUUAAUUUUAUUAAUUCAUCCAUUCAUUCCGAUUACGGUAGCAUUGACCUUUUUACAGUAUUAUAAAGUCCAUUUUAGGGUAUUGUACUGUGUGUCUUUACACUGUACUUUCUUUGAUACUGUAUUUAUAUUACAGUAGUUGUACUGUAAUAUGAAAUACAGAAUUUUACUUGCCACCGAACUGCCUGUAAGCUACUGUCAUACUGUCAAUUUCAGGGUAACCCCUUCACACACACACACACACACACAAACACACACACACUAUCUCUUCCACUCCUAUUCAGUUUCCAGCAGCACAUCCCAUUCCUCCGCCAUCCCUCUCAUUCACAAGAACAGUUUCUCUCUUUACCCAUCUCUCAUAAGAAAAUCCCUCCCUAUCUCACUCUCCUCUCUUGUCCCUCUCUCUCCCUGUCUCUCUGGCACACAGGAGAACUUGCUGCGGCUGGUCCACAUUGAGUACAGUGUCAGAGGCAAGAGAGAUCUACUCAAGCCAGGAAGGGUGAGACCAGUCUGCCUCUCUCUCUCUCUCUCUCCCUCUCUCUCUCUCUCUCUCUCUCUCUCUCUCUCUCUCCUCUCUCUCUCUCUCUCUCUCUCUCUCUCUCUCUCUCUCUCUCUCUCCUCUCCUCUCUCUCUCUCUUCUCUCUCUCUCUCUCUCUCUCUCUCUCUUCUCUCUCUCUCUCUCUCUCUCUCUCUCUCUCCUCUCUCUCUCUCUCUCUCUCCUCUCUCUCUCUCGCUCGCUCUCUCUCUCUCUCUCAACAGUGUUACUCUGUUCAACAAACAUAACAUCAACAGUGAAUAAUACCAAUCUCAGACCGUGGCCUUCUAGAAAUCCCACACGGGAUCUAAAAGCCCACUGCUAGUACAGUACAGGCAGUCCUCUUGCUAACAUGUUCUCUAUUUCUGUGUGUUUGCAGGUGUUUGUGAAGGAAGGCACUCUAAUGAAAGUUUCGAGGAAAAGUAGACAGCCCAGACACCUGUUUCUGGUAACUAUUACCUGUCUACUAACUACUAUCCUCUUCUUGUGCCAUUCAAACUUUCACUAUCUAAUAUUUCAGUAUCACACAUGGUGGUUAUUCUGAUCAUGGAAGGGUGGGGUCUCAUCCAAGUUCUCUGGAUACUGUUGUGGCUGGUAGAGGCAAUCAGAUGUAGAUGGAAACAGGACGAGGAAGAGAGUCAAAGGGAGGAGGCAGAGGGAGGCAGAAUGUAGAGGCAGGCAGAGGAAGGAGGACAAGGCCACAGGGCCACACCUAGGGUUGCAAAAUUCCAGGAACUUUAAAUAAAUUCCCUGGUUUUCCCAAAAUAACAGUUGGAGGAUUCCGGAUUUACUGCUUAUUCCCUCCUGAGAAAACCAGGGAAUGUAUUAAAAGUUCAGAGAAAUGUACAACCCUACCCCCACCAUACACAGCCAGGUGCCUCCCUCUCUCAGGGCUUGUUUUCGAGGGCCCUGCUUCCUCACAGGAUGUUUGGUGUGGGUCACUGGAUGCUGGCUUCCUGUGCAGUGAGGGUACUGACAUGGCUGCAAAGGCCAGACACUCUGUAGACUGGGGGAGGGACAUAAAAACAAAGUCUUAAGGAAGUAGAUGGUAGAAAGAAGAAAAGGGUAUCAUAUAUUAUUGUGACAUUUACUAGUAUGUACUUUGUAUUGAAGUAAAACAACGUGUGUUCAUUUUAGAAUCUGCAUUAUAUGAACACAACCCAGCUAGCACAUUUCGUUCCUUGGAAGUUGUGGGAAUGUAUGUUUUUGGUUUCACAUGGGUUGUGGGAACGACGCCAUAUGUUUCUUGGAACAUUCUGAAAAUAUGAAUUUAAAUAGAACCAUAAGGAAACCUGUAGGAAACUUGUGUUGAAAUUCCCACAGAAGAACAUUGUUUCUUAACGUUCUCUGAACUAUUGAGAACAUUCCCAAUGUGAAACCAGUUGGAGAAUGUUCCUAGAACAUUACCAACAUUUUCAUUAAAUGUAACCAUGUUUGAAAUUUUAGGAAACGUUCUGUUAAAGUAAUGAAAUACCAAGGAAAAUAACAUUAUUUUGUCAAGUUCCUUAAAUGUGCUGAGAAUGUUCUAAAGCCAAGCAACUAUCCUGCACCAUUCCCAGAAAGUUGUGGGAAGGUUGUAUGCAAAAUAACCAUAGGACAAACACGCUCUCACCAAGCUAUAAGAAACAUGGUUCUCAGAACGUUAUGUGCUAGCUGGGAACACUCUCUUUGAGGAGCCAUUCUCUUUCUCUGCUUCCUUUUCCAACCAGUGUCUUAUCGUCUUCAUGUCUCUCUCUCCCUGUGUCUCUCAACUGGGUUGUAUAUGAGUGAUGGUUGAGAGACUGAUGUGUGUGAGUAACUGGGUAGCUCCUCUGGAGUAGAUGGCUGGAGAGGGGCAGCAGGUAUAAUGUAUGGCCUUUAAGGAAAAUGAGUCCAAACAGAGAUGAUGAAAGCCAUCACUCACUUAGUGACACUGAGGAGCAGCGCUCAACAACCGUCAAAGCACUGUCAUGCUAACCAGAGGAAAGUCUUAGAGAGGAGAGAGCCGUGAGUGAAGGGAUUAGGGGAGGAUGGAGAAAAGAGAGGGACUGUCACAGGAGGGAAGAAACAGGUUAAGUACUUGAAGCAGAAGAGAGGAAGAGAAACGUGUUGGGAAAUUGAAUGUGCAGUAGUUGGGCAUCUAAUGCAUGGUUAAAAUGGACUUUCUAGGUUGUACUUGGUACACAUCUCUUAGUCUGUAAUGUGUGCUGCUGAGAGUGAGUGUGUGAGCCUGUGGCAGGGUGGGGUGGGCCUGCAGUGUGAACACCACUAAAUCAAAUCAAAUCAAAUUUGAUUGGUCACAUACAUAUAUUUAGCAGAUGUUAUUGCGGUUGUAGCGAAAUGCUUGUGUUCCUAGCUCCAACAGUGCAGUAGUAUCUAACAAUUCACAACAAUACACACAAAUCUAAAAGUAAAAGAAUGGAAUUAAGAAAUACAUCAUUAGGACGAGCAAUGUCGGAGUGGCAUUGACUAGAAUACAGUAGAUUACAGGAUAUACAUAUGAAAUUAGUAAAACAGUAUGUAAACAUUAUUAAAGUGACUGGUGUUCCAUUAUUGAAGUGGCCAGUGAUUAUAUGUCUAUGUACAUAGGGCAGCAGCCUCUAAGUGCAGGAUUGAGUAACCGGGUGGUAGCCGGUUUAACAGUCUGAAGCUGUUUUUCAGUCUCUCGGUCCCAGCUUUGAUGCACCUGUACUGACCUCGCCUUCUGGAUGAUAGCGGGGUGAACAGGCCGUGACUCGGGUGGUUGAUGUCCUUGAUGAUCUUUUUGGCCUUCCUGUAACAUCGGGUGCUGUAGGUGUCCUGGAGGGCAGGCAGUGUGUCCCCGGUGAUGCAUUGGGCAGACCGCACCACCCUCUGGAGAGCCAUGCGGUUGCGGGUGGUGCAGUUGCCAUACCAGGCGGUGAUACAGCCCGACAGGAUGCUCUCAAUUGUGCAUUUGUAAAAGUUUGUGAGGGUCUUAGGGGCCAAGCCAAAUUUCUUCAGCCUCUUGAGGCUGUUGCGCCUUCUUCACUACACUGUCUGUGUGGGUGGACCAUUUCAGAUUGUCAUUGAUGUGUUAGACGAGGAACUUAAAGAUUUUCAUCUUCUCCACUGAGGUCCCGUCGAUGUAGAUGGGGGCGAGCUCCCUCUGCUGUCUCCUGAAGUCCACGAUCAGCUCCUUCUUUUUGUUGAUGUUGAGGGAGAGGUUAUUUUCCUGGCACCACUCCGCCAGGGCCCUCACCUCCUCCCUGUAGGCUGUCUCGUUACAGUCAGGACUGGAAGGGUCACAUGCUGUUUUGUCCCUGUUGAGCUUGUUUUGUUGUUGUGGUGGUGGCUGGUUCCAGGGCCUCCACCCAGACCAGGCAGUUUCUCAGAGCAGCUGGGAGCUGGAAGGGACCAAUGGAGAAUUCCUGGAUGCUGCCUUAUGGGCCACGGAUGUUUAGAGCACACAUGAUGUGUGACCAAUGAUGUCACUGCUUUUGUCCCACUCUAAAUAAGGCCCUCCAACACAAUAGGCUGAAGUAUGUUCUGAGGAUUACAAUACAUUGGGUGUGAUAAGCAGAUAAACUAUCAUAUAGCCUUUGUUGUGUGUUACAUGGGAAUGGCUGGUUUGAGGCGUUAACGUUUGAGUGUGUGAAUAAUAUGAAAGGAAAUCAAAAUAUUUUUUGGGCGAUCCAGGAGGUUCCACAUUAAUUGCUAUAAAGUCCUCCUCCAGUCUCCUUUUCACCUCAUUUAACACCUGAUUUUCUUAACAAAAGGCACAUCUCAAUAGGUGGUCCAGGUAUCCUCAUGACAUAGCACAAGUUCCUCAUUUGUUCUCUAUUACUCCUCUAUUGUUUGCAAUUGUGGCUAAAAAACACUAUUUUGCUCAAAACAUAUUUUGUUUACCCUUUAGUGUGUGUACUUUACUGUAUUUAUACUUGGGAUGUCACUUUUCAACAGGAAAAGUUCAAAAAUCAUUAGAGGACGUCUUUAAGUUUAUAGUGCCCCCUUGUGGCAGUUGUGUUAUUCUAAUGUGAAAUUCCCUUUGAAGGAGAUGAGGGCUAUGUUUCCAAUCUCUACCCUUCUCCAGAAGUGUGUUCUUGUUCACUCCCCCUCAUGCAUUUAAAAGCAUUAGAUUGGAUGCAAGCAUGGCUGGAGGGAGUAUUCCUCACACCAGUCCAUUCCUUUCAAAUCCAUUAAGGAAAUUAUACGAGCACACACUUCAGGAGAAGGGUAGAGAACCGGAAUGUAGCCAUACAUUUCAGGCUGGCAGUCAGGCUGUACAUUCACACAUACGGCUAUGAGAGUAACCAUACCCUUGUCCCUCUGUUUCUGUCUCCACCAGAUGAAUGAUGUGAUGUUGUACACCUAUCCUCAGCAGGAUGGUAAAUACAGGCUGAAGAACACUCUCUAUCUGUCUGGGAUGAAGGUGAGUCUCUCCCUCUCCCACUGAGAUGACCUUCCAUGACCUUCACCCCUCACCCCUGACCUAUGGCUUUGUCAACACGUCUGUCUGUCUGUCUGUCUGUCUGUCUGUCUGUCUGUCUGUCUGUCUGUCUGUCUGUCUGUCUGUCUGUCUGUCUGUCUGUCUGUCUGUCUGUCUGUCUGUCUGUCUGUCUGUCUGUCUGUCUGUCUGUCUGUCUGUCUGUGUGCUGACUGCUGUGCUGUGUGUCCUGUUCUCCCAGGUCAGUAUACCCGUCAUAGACAACAUGCUCAAUGCCCUGAGGAUCGAGGUAUCUGAUGUCAGCAUCACCUUGUCAGCCAGGUAAGUCAGAGCAGAGGACAUCUGUCUGGGGCUUUGUACCAGUCUUGUCCAUUGGUUACAUACAAUAUAUGUAUUUGAAUACAGUACAUAUACUGCAUGUGUAUGUACACAUGUAUAUGUCUAAUAAUGUGUACAGCCUUAACACAUCUGUUUCUGUAUCCCUAGCUCCUGUGGUGAGAGGGAGGACUGGUUCCACACGCUGAGUCGGGCCAUAGCAGACCAUGCUGCAGGCCUGUGUACCUUCGGUGGCCCCUGCAGUGAGGUAAUGAGUUAACCACUGAAUGACACUCAUGACAGGACAUACCAUUAAAGCUCACUUGUAUACAAUUUAACAUAUGACAUUUAUAAAAUGCAAAAUAGGAUGUUAACGUUGUUGUAACAUUGUUGUUGUUUAGUUGUAACAUUGUUGUAACGUUGUAACGUUGAUGUAUUGUUUUAUAAUGUUGUUGUAACGUUGUUGUGACGUCGUGUUCCCAUGCAGGCACGUGAGAAGCUGUGGAUGGCCCUGGGGGAGGCUGCUCCAGUGCUGGUGCCCGUGACUCAUGUGAUGAUGUGUAUGAGCUGUACCUCCGACUUCAGCCUAACCCUGAGACGCCACCACUGCAACGCCUGUGGGAAGGUGAGACACACACACAGGCCUUACUGUAGGAGUCCGUCAAUCAUACUGCUGUCAUAGGAGCCUCUCACUCAUACUGACCCCAGCCCAACCCACUGUUUUACAUUAUCCUGGCAGAAAAAAAGAAGAGUAGCCCUUUUAGUAUCUUGACUACUUGAUCUCCAAUACUCCUUAAAUCAGAGGUCCUCUCGCUCCACCUUCACACCUGUUCUCUCUCUCUCCACACCCAGGUGGUGUGUCGUGCCUGCUCCAGGAACAGGUAUCCUCUGAAAUACCUCAAAGACAGGAUGGCCAAAGUGUGUGACCACUGCUACGCUGAGCUCAGGAAGAGAGGUGGCAGUAUCUCAGGGGCGUGUGGCAACUCCAGCCCCUGCCCCCAGCGGGCCAGCCGGCCCCUCUCAGCUGUUUUCCAGAGCUUCCAGCCCCCAAGCCUGUGGAGGAGCAGGAAGAGCACCUCUUCACUCAACCAGGUCCGCAAUAUUCAUCACCUUUGACCUUUAUCAGUGUAGUUUUGUAGUUCUGCUCUGAUGCAGGAUUCUAUGGUAUGCCCUGCUAACUCCCUGAUGUUGACCUCUGACCUAUGUUGCAGGUAGAGUUGGGGGCUGAGGGCUCGGCUGUGAGUGGCAGCCUGCAGCGCCGUAAGAAGAGCAAGAGGAAGUGGAAGAGGCUGUGGUUUCUCCUCAAAGACAAGGUGCUCUACACCUUCACAGCACGUGAGGUGAGGGGGCACAGAGUCUCCCACACCAGCCCCAAACACACACACACACACACACACACACACACACACACACACACACAUACGUACACACACGUGAGCACGCACCCUCAAUAUACUCACAAUAUGCCCCUACUGUACUCGACUCUUUUAAAAGCUUCUACAUAGUCUCUCCUGAUCUGAAGAAAUUAUGUGCUCUCUCUCUCUCUCUCUCUCUCUCUCUCUCUCUCUCUCUCUCUCUCUCUCUCUCUCUCUCUCUUUGUACUGUUUUAUUGUGUUUUUUUUAGCUUUGUAGCUAGCUACCAUUUAGAAUACGCAGUAUCAUUAACUUAAAUCAUAAAUACAAGUGUGUGUUAGGUUCCUUGCUUCUCAAAAUUCUGUAGAAACAUCAUUGGUAUAUACAGCUGAGUAUGUGACUUGUCCCUUAUACAUUUUCUUACCUCACUCUCUUCUGUCUAUCUCUCUCUCUCUCUCUCUGUCUCUCAACACAGGACAAGAUGGCAUCUGAGAGUCUGCCCCUGCAGGGUUUCACAGUGAAGCUGACAGAGAGGCCGGAGGGAGAGGAGAGCUCCAACGUGUUUCAGCUCUACCACAACAAGACACUAUACUACACCUUUAGAGCAGACGAUCAGCAUACUGCCCGCAGGUCAGGCUACACACACACACACACAGACAGACACACACACACACACACGCACACACAUCUACAGUGUUCAUGUUAUUCACUUUUGUUUUGCAGGUGGGUCAAUGCCAUGGAGGAGGCCACAGUGUUAUAA